CCUCUUCGUAUUGAUGUAACCUACCUCAUUUUUAGUAUCACAACAAGUUUCCUUGGACUUAUUGGUAACUCUAUCGUUUUAUUGGUAAUAAUGUUGAAUUAUCAAAAAUCGAAAAAGUCAAUUGCAACGCAUUAUAUAGCCAGUCUUGCUCUAUCAGAUCUAUUGGUUUCUCUUAUCUAUUCGCCAACGACUAUAUUACAAUCUGUCUAUCGCGGCUAUUGGAUUAUGGGUGCCUUUUUGUGCUACUUUUCUCGCUAUAGUCGUUUCAUUGCUAUGUUUGCGAGCAUGCUAACACUAACCACGAUUGCUUUUGAUCGCUAUCAAGCAAUUUGUAAGCCUUUGCAAUGCACACGAACGGUAGUUAGAACUAGGAAAAUCAUCUUGUUUAUCUGGCUGACGAGUUGCGUUAUAUGUUCACCAGAUCUAUUUCUGAUGGAUUAUAGU